GUUAAAUGUUUUCAAUUCUUUUAGCCAACUAGGUUUAGGAAAACCAGGAAGCUGCGAGGGCACGUUAGCCACGGUCAUGGCCGCAUUGGCAAGCACAGGAAGCAUCCUGGAGGCCGAGGCAAUGCUGGUGGAAUGCAUCACCACAGAAUCAACUUUGAUAAAUAUCACCCCGGUUACUUUGGAAAAGUUGGUAUGAGACAUUACCAUUUAAAGAAAAACCAGUUAUUCUGUCCUACCAUAAAUCUGGAUAAGUUAUGGACACUGGUCAGUGAACAAACCAGACUAAACUAUGCUAAGAAGCCUGAAGGACCAGCACCUGUUAUUGAUGUUGUACAUGCAGGUUACUAUAAAGUUUUGGGUAAAGGAAGACUUCCAAAACAGCCGGUCAUUGUCAAGGCUAAGUUCUUCAGCAGGAAAGCUGAAGAGAAAAUCAAGGAAGUUGGAGGAGCUUGUGUAUUAAUGGCAUAAACUUCAACUGGAUGCAAGAAUUAAAGAAACUGUCACUUUUAAUUGUGGUCUCUACUCUUAAUUUUCCUCAUGCAGUGGGAGAGCUUGUUUCUUCCCCUUGUGACCAAACCUCUUCAGGCAAUAAGUGGGCUUUCAUGUGGCCUCUGUCUCAAAUAUUGAGUUAAUGACAAGCACAUUUAUUUUCUGUAAAGACUGUAAUAAUUAUUUUGGGCUGUAUAAAUUAAAGCAUUAAUAAGUU